AUAAUAGGCAAAUGUAAAAAAAAUUUCGCAAACAUCUAAUGUUUACAAAUUCAUUUGUGCAACGGAUGACCCAUUGAUAAUUCAUAGUGAAGUGAAAUUCAUUGACCGAAAAAGAAGAAGCUGCACCAUUGAAUUGAUGAAAAAACUUUUCUUCUUCAUAUUUUGAGUCGUGUAUUUGCUGAAGAGAAAUCUCUCAAAUCAAGCAUCACAUCAUCGAUGCUGUUGAUGCAGAAAAGGCGAAGAAUUUUAUAAAUAAAUAAAUGAACAAUAAAUUCAAAUGAAUUAUUAGCAUGUUAAUAGAUAAACAAGAGAGCCAAGAAGCACACAGUGAUUGAGUGAAGGGUGAAUGCUAUAUAUUUUUUUUUGUAUUCGAUCAUUGCAUUUACACAAUAGUAUUGUAAACGAAAAAAAUCGAAUUCAUAAACACAGAGAGCGCAAUUCGCACAAUUGCCGCUAACAAUACACAACAACAACAUAUAUAUGCAACAAGAACAACAACAACAAAAAAACGUGAAAUUCAUCAAACAAACUCACUCAAUCCCGACAAAAAAGACACUCUCAAAUGAAAAUAAAAACAUUAUAAAUCACUAAUUCAAUAGAGUUUGACUUGGUGUGUUUGCGUAUUGCCUUUACGUUUGUCACUCAAUAUUCAUUCGAAAAAUCGCAUCGUUCAGCGCGUUUUUCAGCGGUUUCAAGUUUGUUCACACUCUUUCGUUCACAAAUCGAUAAACAAACAACGAAAAAAAAGAGACAACAGUGUAUGUAUAAAUAAAACACGACUGGUACAAUAAACCAAUUUUUGACGUAUAUGAACAAGAAAUUUGGCAAUAAUUUGUCUACUUUGCUUGUUGAUCGUGCGAUCCGGUUUUGAGAAAAUAAUUUGAUCGGGUUUUUUUCGCUGAUAAUUAUUGGGAGGUGACCCCAAAAGGCUUGGAUUUCUCACUUCGUCUUUUCUCAGUCGCAUUUUCUUCUUCGCAAUGAAAUAAAAGCAACAGCAAAACAGCAACAACAACAACAAAAAGAAUAGGUCCAUAACCACUUGUAACGGCGCAUCUGAAUGUGAACAAACGGUGUGCAUAAAUCGAGAGCAGGACAGAGAGAUUAUCAUAAUCUAGACAAAAGUGCAUCUAAUUUGAAGCUAACGGGAAAAAUCACAAAAGAUACUGUACGAAAGUAGAGAAAAUUACUGUCAAGAAUAUUUCUUAGUGACGUAUGAACAAAAUAGUUUGAGGCUUUUGAAAAAAUUUAUGUAUCAACCAUGCGUUCGAAACAACAGCCACGACCUUCUUAUCGCUGGCUAAAUAAAAACGAAAAUGACAAUGACGUUGAAAAUCCUGAUGGGUUGUUAAAUGAAAAUCAAAGUCAUGCGAAUACAGUGAAUGACUCGCCAUUAUCCGAAUCAGCUGCCAUUGAAGAGCAAUCACCAACAUCCGAUAUCAUUGCCGAAGACUCAACGACACAAAUCAAAAGUCAAGUGCCACGAAUUGAUGCAAUUAACGAGAAGCAACUCAAUUCGUCCAUUGACAGUCGUCGCCAUCAUCUUAAUCAACGUCAAUUGCCAGCAAUCGAUGUUGAGCGCAAUAUUCCAGCCUCAUUUAUCCACGAUACAAAUAAUGCUGUAGCCGAACGGGCCGAAAGAGAUACUUCAAGCCCGAGAUGUUCGUCACGUAAUUCGUCAAACGGUGGAGGAAGAUGUCCUUCGGCCGAUUCAAAUUAUUCUGAUCGUCAAUCAUCAAAUGCGGCUGGUAGCACAGCGACAAGUCCGCUUGCAUUACCGAUUCCACCGAUUUUACCAGCUGCUGCAUUGUUACCAUCACAAUCAGCAGCAAUGGCCGCAUACUUGGGCGCUGCUGCAGUUGCGGCUCAACAGAAUCGUUUGUUACUAGGCGGACAUGCAUUAGGUCUGGGACGAGAUGCAUCACCACCAUUUUUGCCAUUACAAUCACCAAUUGGUGGUGAUACGCCCGUUCUCGAUUUUAGUACAAAGCGUAAAUCACAGGACUUUGAUGACAUCGAUCGAGACCAACACAACAAAAGCAAUGACGACGAUGAUAGUAAUCUAAAAUCAGACAAUGAUCCGCUUGAUUUGUCUGUGUCACGUAAAAGGUGUAAUAAUUCACCUCCGUUGCCACCGCCCGCAUCACAUGGCCGAAAAUUGUCGCGAACAAUGGACUACAAACCACCCAUUGGUUCGCCUUGGUCAUCUCCAUCAAUUGCACCGUACUUUGCUGGCACAAAUGCAUCUACAACUAGUCCUUCGCCAAAAACACAUCAUCUUUCGCAUGCAUCGCAACACCAAUCCGAAUGGAAUGGUUUGAAAAAUAAAAUGAGUACACCGAAUGAUGCAACCAAGGCUUUGGAAAAAAUGUCCGAAUUGAGUCGAUUGGGUGGCAAUGAAGUUGGCCGUCAAUCAACUACAGGAAGUUCAUCAAGCAAUACACCGAGCACUGGUCGUCACAGUGCUUGGCAAUCGCAUUGGCUAAACAAAGGUGCCGAUUCAGUGAAAGAUGUGUUCAAAUGUGUGUGGUGUAAGCAAAGUUUUCCAACACUCGAAACGCUAACAAUUCAUAUGAAAGAGACUCAACAUCUUGGCGUUAAUAUGGAUGGCCAACGCGGUCAUAAUCAUCAGUCACAACAACCUCAUAAUUCGCAUCCAAAUCAAAAUCAUGCAGCUUCAAAUUCAUCGUCAUCCACAUCAAGUUCAACAUCAAAAGCUGAUCUCCAUUUAAUGAUAAAAGAAACGAUGCCAUUACCACGUAAACUGGUUCGUGGCCAAGAUGUUUGGUUGGGAAAGGGAGCCGAACAAACGCGUCAAAUCCUAAAAUGUAUGUGGUGUGGCCAAAGCUUCCGGUCAUUAUCCGAAAUGACAACGCACAUGCAACAGACACAACAUUACACAAAUAUUAUAUCUCAGGAGCAAAUUAUUUCGUGGAAGUCUUCCGACGAUAUGAAAGGUGGUUCCAGUGGUGGUGGUGCCAAUAAUAGUAGCUCGAAUGGUUCAAAUUCGGCCAGCGGAAAUAUAAGUACAGUGAGUGCGGUGCUAACGUGCAAAGUAUGCGAUCAGGCAUUUUCAUCGUUAAAAGACUUGAGCAAUCACAUGGUUAAAAAUGCACAUUACAAAGAGCACAUUAUGCGAUCAAUAUCGGAAAGCGGCGGUCGACGUCGUCAAACACGUGAAAAACGAAAAAAGUCAUUGCCUGUGCGAAAAUUAUUAGAGAUUGAACGUGCACAAAAUGAAUAUAAAAAUGGUGAUAAUUCACCAAUAACAAAAACAUUGCGAGAUGCUGGCUCUGGACGAAUCACAUGUGAAAAAUGCGGCGAUAAAAUUGAUACAAACGUUUUCGUUGAACAUAUCCGUCAAUGUAUUGGUGCGGCCGCCGAAUCGAGUGCACAAAGGAAUCUAUUAAAAAAUAACAUACUAAUGCCAGACUCAAUUCCAAGAGAUGGUCGCAAGAGUAUUGGUGGCGAUGAUAGUAACGCAUCACAAAGUUCUCGUCUAAUGUCACCGAAUUUGUCAUCAAAAGAGGGUUCAAGCACAUCCGGUGAUAAGACUGGUUCACCGUCAGUUCUGAAUGCAAUCGAACAACUGAUUGAAAAAAGUUUUGACACACGUAGUCGACAUGUUACUAGUAAUUUCACUGCAAACAGUCAACAAAAUGCACCGCUCGGAUCAAGCAUACUGAAACGUUUAGGCAUUGACGAAAGUGUUGAUUAUACAAAACCAUUAAUCGAUACACAAACCAUGAAUUUGCUACGGGGUUUCUCUCAACAAAGCGCGUCCAGCACAUACAGUCAUCGCGAGCGAAGUGCAAGCGAAUCAAGUUCAGUAUCCGAUCGUGGUAGUAGCGUUAUAGAAACAUCAAUGACCCCGGAACGUAAAACAGACUCUGUGAACAAUGGUCGACCUCGCGAUACGCCCGAUAAAUGUAGCCAAUAUGGUGAUGAUAACGAUGAAAAUGAAGCAAUUUCACUUAAAAUAAAAACAGACCCCGAAGAUAAUCAAGACAAAGCCAAAUCAACAAGCAAAGACACCGAUAUGUCUUCCAUGUCAAUAAAAAAAGAAAUGACAGACGACGAAAAUGAUCAAGAUGACAGGUCUGAAAAUGCAAACGAACGACGUGCUGGUGCAAUGUUAAGUCCUGCAUUAAGUUCAAAGCGGUCAAAUUCGGGCGAUGAACAGCGAACACCACUUGCAAGUCCAAACAGUGAUGCCCUAUCACCGCGAUCAACACCUGAAACUAAUCCAAAAAAGUCGAAAUCAUCAAUUCCGACCAAUAGCUUGGGUGCAUUAUCGUCUAUGUUUGACAGUUUGGCUGGUACUGCAUCUACGAAAACCGUUGAAAGUGGCAAGAAAAACAAUUCAAAUCCAUUAGCCGCGCUACAGAAGUUGUGUGAUAAAACGGAAAAUGCCCCCAUAAAUAAGGCAAACAACAGUCAAAAUUUGGCCGUACCGGUACAACAGAAUAAUACACCAAGCACUGCGUCUGGUGCAAUGUUAGCAUUCAGUUGGGCUUGUAAUGAUGGAAUGGUCAAUGCGGCCGAUUCAGCAAUCAAGUGUGCAUUUUGUGAUACGCCAUUCUCAUCAAAAGGCGCCUAUCGACAUCAUUUAUCCAAGGUACAUUUUGUUAAAGACGAUAAUCUACUUGAUCCGAUAAUUGCCAAAGCUCAAAAACUGUCAGCCUCACGUCGAACACCACCGUCACAAGCCCAUUCACCGCGAAGUGUAUCAAGCUCAACCAGCAGCAGUGGAAAUGGUUUGCCAAAUAAUCGCCUUUCGAAAAGCCCAACACCGCCAGCAUCUGCAUUGAAUUCGCAUCAAUCCACAUCAAAUGCUUCGCAAUCAUCCACUUCAGGUGCAAAUUUCGAAGAAAGUCCACAUUCAAAAUUUCUCAAGUACACCGAACUAGCGAAACAAUUAUCAUCAAAAUAUGUCUGACAUUCCAAAUCAUAAAAGAGAACCAAAUCAUAAGCUAUAAGUUCAUUUCGAUUUAUAAAAUGAGAAGAGAAACAAGCACACAAUAAUGAUCAAACAAAUGUUUCUAUACGCAAUCUUGAAAACAAUACUAUUAUUAUGAAUAAAAUGUAAGUUUGCAUUGCAAGUUGGGAAGCGAAGCAAAACAAAACACACACACAAAAAAAAACAAGUUAUACGUAAAAUUCGUGCAACAUUUCGAUUUGCAUAUUCUGUAGCUCUUUUAUUCAAUACUUAAGCUUGCUUACAAUUUCAGAUAGCAAAUAUGAAAGUUGAUACAAUUUUUUUUUGUCUUUUUCUUGAAUGAAAUUUAGCAAUUAUAAACUCGUCGUAUAAUUUUAUGCUGAUGUAAAAAAAAGAAUAACGAUGAGAUUCGAUAAACAUUAAACGAUUGCUAUACGUAUUCUGAAAUUAAGAUUUCAUGCAUAUUUUACAAAAUACAAACCAAUUUUGUUUCCGUGUAUUAAUAGCGGUAAUAAACCUUUAAAAAAACAAAUACACAAAAAUAAACUUAUUAUUGUAAAAAAAAGAUAUAAAGAAACAUAUCCAGAAAAGAUAACUCUUGAAAGGGAAAGUUGAGCACAAUCCAACAAUUCAACUAGAUUUUGAUUUGGAUCAUUAAGAAAAGAACAACUUAACCAAAUCUAUAAAGGUCUUGGAUAAGUUUGUGAUGGCACAUAUCGAAACUAAGAACGGAAGUAUUAUAUUCCUGUGGACAAAAUAACAUACAGAAAAAAAAACUUAAAAUUUCCUUUCUUAACGAAAAACAAAUAUUAUUCAAUAGUGCAUAAUUUGAUCCUUAAUGUAUUCCACUAUGUCUGGCAUAUUAAAAACUGAAUUCAUUGACAAAAAUUGAUCGAAGAAAAAAUGGCACGAAAAGUUCUCUACUACAAAUUAUAAAUUAAUAAAAAUGAAGAAAACAAGCAAACUUAAUUAAGCUUAAGAAAAAAUGUAUUAUUAAUAAAGUAUUUCCGAUAAUUUUAUUAGUACUAUUGCCGUAAAUGUAUUUUUAAGAUAUCUUUCACACAUACACACAUACGCAAUGUAGACAUCGUACUGAAUGCAAACAAAAAAAAAGUGCAGAAGGGACCGUGUUUUGGUAGAAGAAAAAUGACAAAAGAGAUCAUUAACAAAGAGCACAAUCGUUUGUGAGAAUUUGUCACCAAAUACCAUUUUCAUCAAAUGCUUGGAAUGCCGUGCCAUGUACAUAUGACAACAAAAUGACUAAGUUACGAACUAAACAAAAAUAAAGUAUACAAUUUUUAAAACAAAUAUAUGGAAGACAAACAAAUCCUCCGAUUAUUUUUACCAAUAUAAUAUGGCCAAUUUUGAAUGAACACCGUCAUUCAAUCAACUUCAAAUUCAUUUCAAAUGUUUACCAAAAAAAAAAAAAA